AUCGGUACUUCCGAGUACGUCGUGGUCCACGCUGUGUUUAGAAUGCCGUUUGAAUGUGACAUGUUCAAGUUAAGAUUCGAAAAAUAAUAACUUUUCGGUUUGUGGAAAAAUAAAACACGUGUGGAAAAAACGAAGAACGUUAAAUCCAGCUGAUUUCUGCAAUUUUCGCCAAAGGUUAAAUGGAUUUCUUCGAAGGUGCUUGUACGCGACGUAACUGACUAAAAAGUAAACCGUUAACAUUUGACAUAACAAUCAGAAAGUAGAAAGGAAAUUACGAAGUGAAUAACAGUAAAUUGUCAACAUGGCGGAUGCUGAUUUUAUCAUUACAAUUUCGGGCGCCGCUCUUUCCUUAUUGUUUUACGAAAAUGUUCGUAACUGUGGAGAUCAGAUGGGAUUCUUAUUGGGAGAAACUCUUGAAUUUGUAGUGAAAACGUACACAGAUGCGGACAAUCAGAUAGAAACAGUGAAGAUACAGAAUAAUGUUGAAACUGUUGUAACUUGCCCAUUGCCAGAUCUUUUACAUGACUCUAUUGGUAGAAUUAAUAAAGAAAAUUUAAAGGAUUUCUUACGUGAUAAAAGUAAACAAGUAAUUGGUUGGUUUCGCUUUAGGCGAAAUACAGGAUUGAUACCAACUAUGAGAGACAGAAUAUUACAUAAAGAAUUUGCAACACACUUUUCUAAUGGCAAUUGUGCCAAAGAAAGGUUCUUUGUUACUUGUUUAUUAAAUUCUUCAACAAGUGAUGAAAGGGGCACACAUAAAUUUAAACAUGUAUUUUUAAGACGUACAAGAGAGAUAUUUGAACCAGUUCCUUUAAGGAUAAAUAAUCUAGAAAAUAAUUCAUUUCUUCAGGAAGGUUCAGAUUAUAAACCUCCUCCUACUAAAAGGUCAUCUGAUUUACCAGAUGUAUUUACCAACCUUAUAGAGUCUUCAAAUUUAAAUUUGACAAGGACAUCUGAUUUGGAAUCUGCUAUUACUAUCCAAAAAGCAGCUGAAACGUAUUUGAAUCAACUAAUACCAGAAUUAUACAAAUCUGAUUUUGAAGUAGCAGAGUUAGAAAGACAAGUUAAAGAAUUCAAAUUUCAUAAAAGGUCAAAAAUGAAUGGUAAUUCAAACAAUGUGGCUCGUGAGAUUAAGACCGCUAUUCUUCGUACCACCGAAGAAGGGAAAAAGUCAGAGCAACCCUCUCCAUUAAGAAAACAACUUUCAGAUGAAGUCUGUGAUGAUAGUCCAACAUUUAAAAACCAUUCUACUGCAGCUAGUCAGGCAAAUACCAUUCACAAACCAAAAAAUGCAGUAAUAUAUGCUGAGAAAAGUAUAAAUCAAGAGAAAGCAAGGACAAAUAUACAGGCAGUAGAAAUUCCUAAUCAAAAACCAUCCUUUGUAAAUUCCAAUUCAGAAAUGAAAGUCAAUGUUACAGAAACUAUGUCAAAUAAAACCAGACGCUUCAAUAUGCAGUCAGAAAUCGUAAAAGAAUCGAUCUGCAAAAGUGAAAUGAAUAUGGUUGGUCUUGGACGUGGUAGAGGCACACCGGUUCAUGAAUUUACAGAACCAAAGAAAACUAGAAGGACUAGAGGUCCGAAUCCUACACAAAGUAAUAGUGAAAGGACUUCGCAUAGUCAAGUGGCACGACAAGAAUCGUCUGAAGCGAAUUAUGUACAAAAUGUUCCUUUUCGACCAGCUUAUAAUGAAAUUGCAAAGAAACAAGUAAAUAAUACACGCAAAUCAGAUUCGUCGGAAAAUCAUUAAAUAAAAGAGAAUUCCGGUUAUUUUUAAUUUACUUUAAAAGCUUUAUAACAGUAUACUUAAAAAUGUAGCGCAUUCGUGCAAAAGAAAAGAAAAUGAUGAAGGUUUAAGAGCGCUUACACUAGAGUUGUACGCAUUGUAAAUAUUUAUACAUACAAAUACAUAUAUUUUAAAAUAUAAAUAAACUGACCGUGUCUGAUAUAUGUUAGACUGGUCUGUUUUUGUUUUUAAAUAUUACGAAGAUAUCGAGGAAAAAAUGCUAUCGUGCCGUGUUCAUAGUAUCGAAUAUGUGCAUUAUAAAGUGGAGAGGCAUUACAGACUGAAGUACUGAAUAGUUUUUAAUGCGUAUGUAACAUGCUCUUAAAUAUUUACAGUGCUCUAUAUUUCUAAGUUAACUAUGUUUCCUUUAAGCUCGGAGAGAAAUAUAGAGUAUAUGUUAUUCUUUGAUGUAAAUUUUGUUAAAUUGUGCCAUUACAGUUUUAAGUAUUUAACGUAUAAAAUAAAUAUAAACGUUUUGCAUUA